GGACUUUGCAGACACUAUAGUUUUAUUUUCUCACUGUGGUGGACUUAAGUCCAUUUAGGACUUGUAGCUACCUUUCAGAAAUUUGUUGGUCAGAGUAGACUGCUAAAUAGAUUCUUGUUGACAUUUUUCUCUGUAGCUUUGCUCUGUUGUAAUUCACAUGUGGCACAUACUAGUAUAUCCUUUUGAUGUUCUGUUUUGUGGUUUGGGUAUUUCACUGUGAUUUUGGUUUAAAUAUCAAUGUAUAAUAGCUUUCUUUACUUUUGAUGUUCUUUCUUGUUUUCUUUACUUGUUAUCUUUUUGAUAAUCGCCAUCAGUAGAUAUACGUGGUGCUUCCAAAUUGUUUGACCUUAUUAUGUUUUCAGAAGUGCAAGGGGGCAAGUCUUAUUUCAGGUAUUUAUGAUGCUUUAGGCAUUUAGUUCAAGGGGGUAUUUCCUGCUGCUGGGGCUCUUUUGUCAUUGAAUUCUCUCUCUCUCUCUCUCUCUCUCUCUCUCUCUCUCCAGCAUUACUACUGACCAGCCACCUUGUGAGUAGUUUCUUUGUUUGCUGUAGUUGGCCUUGGGAAUUCAUGUAGACCAUGAGGUGGUCUGUUUCAUCUCUCUUCCUCCAGUUCUUUCCUGUGAAAAACCAUUUUAUUUUAUUGCGCCCUAAUUUGUGGACGUGAAUUUUGAGAUAAUUUACAGGUCAUGUUGGCCAAGAGAUGCGUAAUUGGUCUCUCAAUCUUCAUGUCAAAUGAGUUCAGAACUUCCUCAAAUGACUUGCAGAAUGUGGCAAUACCUAUUAGAAGUUCUUGAUUGCUUUCUCUCCUAGUACUAUUUUGUUGGUGCUGAAAACUCAUAUCAUCGAAUCUUCAUGCACUUGGAAAUCUGUUGUCUCCAGUGGAAUUCACCUCGAAACAAUGUCCAUCAAUUAUGACGUCAUGUCCCCUGCCAGCUCCUCUGAUUACUCUUACGGUCAUACUUGUGGAACCUCAGAAAUUAAGCUCAUUAGUUUGAAGAGGUGGAUAAGUUUGAGACUUUUUUUUUUUGAUUGAGGAUACAUUCGAGUUGCGAGUGUGUGGCAAAUGGUUGUCAAUUCUCAGAAAUGCAUUCAAAGCUCAAAUGUUGCUGAAGCUUUUGCUAUCUUAGACGGGGUUAUUUCUAGUUGCUUAUGGGAAAAUUUCCAAAUCGAAUUUUCGUAGUUGCAAAUGUCAUUUCCGAAGUGGAAUGGGGACAAUAUUGCAAUACAGUAGAGGAUGGUUGGAUGCUAGUGGCAAGGUUUUCAAUCCCAUACUGGCAAUGGCUAGUACAUACGGUUUUUGUGAGUAUCCGGUACCCUGCCCUCCCAAUUCCGUCCUGGCUUCAAUACCGGUGCUUACUGGAGAGUAUCGGCGGUUCCGGAAGAUCACAGGCAAGAUGGCGGCAACUCUGAUCUCGUCUGGUAUUUUGCACAGUCUGGUCUUUCCGUAUUUACUUCCAAAACCAAGCCUCAACUCAACUUGUUUAGUGUAAGAGCAUCUCCAACUGCCUAAGCAAUUGGAGUUUUUAGCUAUAAUAGCUAGCUGAAGCACAAAAAAGGCAUACCCAGCAGACUUGCUUCAAGAUCGUUGGAAUAGCGUGGUGCUACAGGACCUCACUCCUCCGGGCGAGGUACUUUAGCCUCGCUUGGUUCAAUUUCAUCCUCUUCUCCCUCUCUACUUCCCUCGUUUUCUCAUCUCCCCCGCGAAGUUUUGUCACCUCUCUCACUUUCAACAAGGAGCAAACGCUAGGGUUGUGGAGAAUUUUCAUCAUCCUCAACAUCGACAUGGUAACUACUACAAUUGGGUAUGGCUCUCCUAACAAGGCGAAUUUGUACAGUGUACAUGGGAGCUCACUGGAUGCCAAGGAAGUUGAUGCCACAAGGAAGAACCUUGGUUGGCCAUUUGAACCUUUCUAUGUGCCCGAGGAUGUGAACAAGCACUGGAGCCGCCAUGUCCCUGAUGGUGCUGCUCUUGAAACUGAGUGGAAUGCCAAAUUUGCGGAUUAUGAAAAGAAAUAUAAGGAGGAAGCUGCAGAGUUAAAGUCUAUUAGUACCGGUGAACUACCAGCUGGUUGGGUGAAAGCUCUCCCGACAUACACUCCAGAGAACCCAGCUGAUGCCACCAGAAACCUCUCUCAACAAUGCCUCAAUGCCCUUACAAAGGUUCGCUCUGAAUUCCAAAUAUGACGUUACUAGGGAACAGAAAUGCAAGAGCUGGACGGAUGCUGUAUAUUCCAAAAGCUUAUCAUCCCUGAUCAUCUCAAUAUGAUUGAGGAGAUUAAGAACAGAUCGUCUUUCUUCUUAGCCGUACGGAUUUGUUUCUUUAUAUUGCAGUUAACUUCACGCAUUCAGAGUAUGUUGGCUCUUUGCAAAUUCUGACUGCUUAAAACUGUAUUUUUUUUAGUCCAGGUGAAAGCUGGCGUAGAAACUCAAGGUGAUUUUGUGCAGUCAGCAGUCAGGAACUGGAUGAGGAGUGAAUACAUAAAUGAUUUGGUGACAUUUGUGAAUUGGCUGGAUGAGGAGCUUUCUUUCUCAAUCAGGAACUUUGUCAUCCAAAUAUAAUGUCUCACUAGGAGUGGACUUGCAGAUAUUUGCUCAAAGAGUUGUAAUCUUGUCCCUUUACUGGUUAUACCAAAAGAAUGAAACCGAAAAUGGCAUGGAGAACACUAGCCUAGCAGUAAAAUAGUUCUUCAAACUGCUAUCAAAUUUCAAAUGGCCAUCGAGCCUUUUAUUCCAGUCAAAAAAAAAAAAACUGCUAUCAAAUGGUAGUUGAGAUGGUUGUGGAAAUGUAAGAUAUGAACUUACUCAUAGAUGAAGGAAAAAAGUACUAGUAGUUAGAAAAGUGAGAUAUAGCUGUUGGAACUUGGAAGUGGGAAGAAAACUAGUGGAGAAAACAUAGCUGUUGGAAGUUUUACCAGGUUACCUUUUUUUUGCAAGCUGUUGGAAGUUUCUCCUUUGCAUAGCCUAAUGCCUAGUCUACUGGGGGACCUAAAGAAUUGGUGGCUAGCUAAACUAAUAUCUGGCAUAUUUCCUAGCUAAAAUGGCUAGGAACUGCUCAGCCAUUGCCAAAAUUGCGUAUUAUUGUAUUUUAACAGCCCUUAAUUGCCUAUGGCCACAGGUUUGGUUCUGCGAACCACAAAGGGGAGAGAUGGACUUUGGAAAUGAGCUAAAUGGCAAACUCAAGUUUCUGACAACAAGACCUGACAUUUCUGAAGUUACAAAUAGGAUUCUGAUGAAAGAUAUCCCACUCGAUCAUUUCAAUUGCUUCAAUAUUUGGACUCAGUAGGAGAAGUUGGCAUAGGGCUGAUGACCAAAACAUUGAGAGUGUCACACAAGAAGAAGAAACCCUAUGGUCCAUCAAUUUGAAGAGGUGGAGCAGAAGAGGGAGCAUCAUCCCUCUUCAGAGUUAGAAGUGGAAAAGGAAUUGGGUGUCGAUAAAUUAGCAGUACCCACGAGUUUAACAGGCCAAAUCAAGCGUGGAACAAGAGAGAGAUUUUGGAGAGACUUGAUUCCGAUGCCUAGAAGUUGAACACCGUUCAGAUCACAGUGGAAGAACUGUGAAGGAAAUUGGUAACAAGCAAGCAAGAAGAAGAAAAAGUUGAAGGGUGUUGAUUUUGAGACAGUUAAGGAACAGUUCGAAGAAGUUGAGGAAACGAUUGAGACAGUUAAGGAACAGUUAGAAGAAGUUGAGGAAACGAUUCUACAGCUGGCGGAGGAGAAGGGUCAUCGGACAAGGAAAAUCGAAGUGGUUCCAUUGCAGAUGGACGCCUGAGAUGGAAGAGUGUGUCUGAAAAAAUCAAAGUGGGUCUGAAAAAAUCGGACAUUGCAGUUUGAGGUUCAGAAAAUCCAGCAUGCGCUGUUGAAGUUAGGGAAGUCCUGUUUAUCCAGGAGCGGAACGCGCAUUAUACUGAAGAACUUCAUCUACAAUGCAGGAAAGCGUAGCCCCAGAUGGAGAAAGGGCUCUGUUUGCGAGGGUUCAGACAUUCAAGUCAUGGUGAUGGUAACAACAUUUAUGUGUUUCACUAGAUUAGCUACAUGUAAUCGUGAAAACUCUCUGAAAUGUUCCUUGUACAAAGCUGUUUUAUUUUAUCGCGUCCUAAUUUGUUGACGGGAAAUUUCAGAUAAUUUACAGGCCAUGUUGGCCAAGUGACGCGCAAUUGGACUUGACAUCUUCACGUAAAAUGAGUUCAUAACUUUCUCAAA